AGACAACCUAAAGAAACAACAGAAGAGAAGAGAAGAGACUUGGCACUCGUUUUUGGAUCUUCUUGUUGCAAAUUGCAAUGCUUAGCUAGAAGAAGCAAGCAAGCAUCCAUCUCAAUUUCAGUUGUGACAGAAGGAAAGAAUCGAAAUCCUAAUUCACUUCACUCACAUUUCUCUCUUCCUUCAAACUCUUUCCAAGAUGUGGGAAAAGAAGGGUGCUAUUGGUGGAGAUUGCUUGAGAUACAUCCUCUCUAAAAAAAUUUUUAUCAGUCCACCGUCCUGCAUAAACACAUUUCAUUCCAAAAACUUGGCUAAAUUUCCAUUUCCCAUAUUGACCCAAUAUUCAGUUAUUUCUUCAUAUUUGAACCCCACUGCCAGAAAAUUGAAAGAUGUAGAUCUUUUAGCUCAAACACAAAUUCUCCCAAGUUCCAACUUUUCUACCUUUUACUCGACUAAAGCCCCAUCGAGAUCUUUUAGAAAGAGAAAUAACAAACGAGCAAAAGCCAACAGCAGGCCUAUUCUUGAUGAAGCUAAAUUUCAACGGUCAGUUUCCCAACUCCCAUCAAGAUUCACCAAUGAAGAAUUGUGCAAUAACAUAACUCUUGAAGAUGAUCCUUUAGUCUGUUUGGAGCUUUUCAAUUGGGCAUCACAACAACAUAGGUUUAGGCAUGAUGCAUCCACUUAUCAUGUCACUAUAAAGAAGCUUGGAAUUGCCAAAAUGUACCAAGAGAUGGAUGAUGUUGUCAACCAACUACUCGCUGUUCCUCAUAUUGGUAAUGAGGCUUUAUACAAUUCAAUUAUCUAUUAUUUUACUGAAGCUAGGAAGCUGACUAGAGCCGUGAAUAUAUUUAAGCGCAUGAAAAGUAGUAGAAACUUAGAUUGUAGACCGUCAAUUAAAACAUAUAAUAUUCUUUUAACGGCAAUGUUGAGUAGGGGAAGGAAUUCUUAUAUAAAUCAUAUGUAUAUGGAGACUAUGAGAUGCUUGUUUAAGCAGAUGGUGGAUGAUGGGGUCGAGCCUGAUAUUUUCUCUUUGAAUUCCAUGAUAAAGGGCUAUGCUCUUUCGUUGCAUGUCAAUGAUGCUUUGAGAGUGUUCCAUCAAAUGGGUGUGGUUUACAAGUGCUUGCCUAACUCAUUUUCCUAUGAUUAUCUGGUCCAUGGAUUAUGUGCUCAAGGCCGAACAAAUAAUGCUAGAGAGUUGUUUGAUGAAAUGAAGGAAAAAGGAUUUGUCCUAAGCAACAAGUCAUUCAACUCACUUGUGAAUGCUUUGGCUCUUGGUGGAGAAGUUGGGGAGGCAGUGAAUUAUUUGUGGGAGAUGAUUGAUAAGCAUAGGUCAGUUGAUUUAAUCACAUACAAGACAGUCUUGGAUGAGAUCUGCAGGCAAGGAAGGAUUGGGGAGGCCACGAGUUUGUUGAAGGAGUGGCAAGAAAAAGACCUUGUGGAUGGGAUAACUUACAGAGAGCUUCUACACGUGCUUGAAGAUGACUUUGGAAAUUCAAAUGACAGAGAACGUUUCAGGUAUUGAGUGUUGGGCAUGUUCCAUUGUUUCUGAACAUUAAAUAGCUCUACCAUGUUUCAAGUGUGGUUUUCAAAAUUUCUACAUUACCAUCACGAUGAGCUACGCUGCUAUUGUCUGCACUGUGCAUGAAAGUCGAAUUUGAGCUGGUGUGCAAUUUUGUAAAGAAGAAUUGCUUGUAAUAUUGACAGCAAAUAAUCAAAUGCAUAAAACAUAAUGCUGGCAAGAAAA